GACUACAUUUGAGGAAGCAGGAAGUACUACAUCUAAGAUUUUUUUUUAAAGUGCAGUGAAAGUGCUGUUGUAGACAUACGGGAAGAAAUCCUACCAAUUACUUGAUGGAUGACGGUGUAAAGGAAGAUGCACAGUCCAUUUGAAAUGCCACUCAAAUGUGAUGAAAGUGGGUUUUAGUGCAGGGGUGGGGCUGUAUGGACAUGCAACAGACCAGAUGUAAGUGAGAUAAAUGUGAUCAUAUUGAGAGAGGAAGGGGUACUGAAAUGAAAUACUUUUAGAAUAUAACUGUUUCAGCACUUUUAUUCUUACUCACUCCAGAUGAUCUUCACUCACACACACAAACCCACCCACCCAUCCACACACCCACACACACUUGUAUUAGAUGAUUAUAUAGCAUGGCUUAUGACCUCAUUCAGCAUUCUGACCUUUGCUUUAUGCUGAUGGAAAAAUGAAAUAUUUAAAUUUUCUGCAAAUAUAAUUAUCUAAGAAACACUUCUCAGUGUGCCAAAUCAAAUAAAUGUCAAUUAAAAAUUAAUUUAAGCACAACCCGAUCAAUUGAUAUAAAAUUAGAACCCACAUUUAUUAAUUUUGCAGCAUGUUUUGAGUUAUACUUGGUUGGGACAACGGUAGUAGUAAAGCUCUUUAUGAGUUCAAGUUCCAUGCAGGAAUAAUUGAAUUUAUCCUUCUUUAAUAAAUCAAGAAAAAUUGUAACUUAAUCCCAGUGGACAUAUUAACAUAAGCAAAAUCUUAUUUGGUUUCAUUUUAAUUUAGACUUGAUUAAAUUGACCUCAAAGCAGUGAUUAACUGAACUUGAAUCUAAUCAUGCGGUAACUUCCUAUUGGCUGAACACACCAACAUAAGACUAAAAAUGAUAAACCAUCUAAAACUAUCAGUUGUAGCUUUAGAAACCACAAUAUUGCUGUUUUUUGUCAUUUACACACUAUAUUAAGAAUUUACAUAUAUGCAUUAUGAAAUUUUAUUGAUUUUUAUCCUUUUAUUUUUGUAAUAUAUUUGUCAUUUAUUAUAUGUAAGGUAAAGGGAAGGAAAAUAUGUAGCUACACAAAGUACAUUUUAUUGCACAGUUUUUUUUAUUUAUUAUUAUUAUUAUUUAUUUUUUUACCUGUAUAUUAUCUUAGGAUUCUGCUAAGAACGAAAAUAGUCCAAUAGUUCAUAAAACAAACAUCGCAACACCAUGACAAUGAUAUCAAUUAUCUGUUUGAGCCAAGACAGUAAAUGAUUGCAAUAAAUGUCCAAUCAGAAGCAGAGAGCUGUGUAAAUACUUAAUUUAUACAUUUCAGUUAUUUGAUAAUUUACAGUAAACGACUUAAAAAAACAUAUACUUUAAUUUUUUUUAUAAAAUCUGGUUAUCCUGCCUCAUUUGCUUGCCCAAUUCUCUUUUAAACACACACACAAGCACCCCAUGACCUUUUUUGCGUACUCAGCUGUUUUCUCUCAAGAAAUAGCUUGUAUCUCAACCAUAACAGGUCAAAUGAUCAGUUUAAAAGUCACAGUGAUGGACCAUAAAGGCCAGCUCAACUUCCUCUCCAAUACUGAAUUACACUCUAUGUUUCAGAUGGAGCAAAACUCCCCCAUCUCCAUUUCAUGUCACUAACACACUUCUGCUACUCUUUCAUGGUUUGUUGGUAAUUUUAAUGAGUUUUUGGCUCAAACAGCACAGUCUGCUGACAGUAAGUGAGAGCGGCCUGAAUUUCCCGGAAUACCGGAUACUUAUGUGGCCUUAUGUUUUACCUGUUUAUGAUCAGAUAGUACCCAGGGCAGUGAAAUACAGCAAAUCGGGCCUCUUUCACUGCAAAAGAGAACAUAGACCAGCGCUGUUAUAGUAAAAGCAUAGCAGACAGUUGGAAAGGGAUUUUCAUUACAAGCAGUUACACAGGUAUGGCACGUAAAACUGUAAGUUUGCCCAAAGGCCAAAUAGCUAGGGAGACAGAGUAUUUGGAGACAUGGAAAAUGCCUUUAGGAAAAAAUGACUUAAGUUAGAUUGUUACUGUAAUAAAUAAUGUGCAUAUAUUCAGGUGGUGAGGUGGUUCCAUUUGCAUUAAUGUAUAACUGGAUAUAUAUUCCUAUGUUGUGAAAUGUGCUUAAAAACAGGACCAUGUGUGCCCCCAAUUUAGCAAGGGUCAAGCCAACAAGCAUGACAGCAUUCCUCUGUGUAACACCACAGACCCCGACACAUUGCUGCUGGCUUUUUUUUUUUUUUGGGGACCAUAUUUGUAUAUUACAGUAUCUUUAUUUUGGCUAUUUAUCAAUCUAUAUCUGUGGUGUUUUGAAGAAGCAGUUUGUAGGGACGAUGUCCUCUGAGUCCCAGGGCCUGCAUUUCCCAUCUGUAAGCAGCAGCAGCAGCUCACCGAUUCCUUCUCCAGGCGACCCUCAGUCCUUUGACCAUCUAGGGUUGCCCUGCAUUCAGAUGCCAGAAUCACAGAGCUUUGAACCAGUCAAUAAACAGUGUCACCAGAACAAUGUUGGAGAAGGGUAUGCACCGUACUCCCAAAGAGAAAGCGUUCCCUACAGGCAGAAGAGUGCUGAGCGCUUUCGUAGACACAGUGUAGAUGGAAGCCCUGUUGGACAAGAAUCUGGCCUAAUGGAGAACAAUCACUACCAUCCAUACAGGCGUCAAUGCAGUGAAGGAGCCAUCAGUGAGGUUCAAACCUUCAGUUGUCUCAGAAGAGCUGGAUUGGUUGGGAAACUCAUCACAACUGAUGGAAUGGAGGAACAAUCCUCUUGGACUCCAUUAAGCACUGAUGUGGAGAACACCAGUGUCAUGGGAACUCAACACCCCUACAGUGUGCCUCAGACGAGCUCUGAAGAACCUCCCGACUACACGGCAGUGAACCAUCAGACAUACAGUCCCAUGAGUCCUCUACAACAUCAGUUUUACUCUUCAAGAGGAAUAGACACUAUUUCUCACAACUAUAACCAAAGCCUCUCAUCACAAACAUCUCAAGACAAUUCUGUCCAGACACUCUACCCUAAACCUGUCUUCUCUUACAGUAUUCUCAUAUUCCUGGCUCUGAGGAAUAGCAAAACAGGCAGUCUACCAGUAAGUGAGAUCUACAGCUUCAUGACAGAGCAUUUCCCCUACUUUAAGACAGCACCUGAUGGCUGGAAGAAUUCUGUCCGACACAACCUCUCUUUGAACAAAUGCUUUGAGAAAGUGGAGACCAAGAAUGGAAACUCUUCUCGAAAGGGCUGCCUGUGGCACCCAAGGUCAGCGAAGGUAGAAAAGAUGCAGGAGGAACUUCACAAGUGGAGACGUAAAGAUCCCCUGACUGUCCGGAGGAGCAUGGCCCGACCAGAAGAGCUGGAACGCCUUCUUGGGGAGAGACCUGAAAGAUUGAAGUCUCUUGGAGCUCACUUCAGUCUACCGAGCAGUCAUACACAUUCUCAACCUUUAAGAGUUGCCAUGCAUCCUGCUUACGGACACCAACCUGUCCAUGACACAAGCGUCCCACAUCAGCAGUCUCUCUACAACCUUUUACCCUCUCAAACUGUCAUCCCACCACCCCCCUACUUAUCCCCAGGUCCUUUAUCUUUCUCAUACUACCCUCCUGUCACCCAUCAGCCCAGUGCCGGGCAUCCUUCCAGUCCCAGGACAGGCUGCUUGGAUUCCCCCUUACCAGCACACACCCCACCGAGCUACAGCACCGCCCUGCAGGCUGGUCACAGCGCUACAGCAAGCAUGCAGGAGCUUCUGCUGGAUGGAGAAACCAGUAAUGAUGUCGAUGCAUUAAAUCCUAGCCUCACAGAUCUACAACUACAUGGGAAUCUUUGGGAGGAGCUAAGGAAUGACAGCCUCGCUCCAGAUUCACUGUUAGUCAUGGACAGUCCCAAUAAAACCUGGGAUAGCGUGGGGGUCUGUGGGGGUUUAGCAGAGACUGAUGUUGGGGUGCAAGGCAGUGUUUCUGAGCUUUAUCUCAGUGGGCUCUACACAACCCCUAUUCCUCUGCUAUGAGAAAAACAAAAAAACAAAAAAAAAAAAACACCUGCGUCAUCUUUGCUGUCCAAAAUAGAAAAAAGUUUAUAUUUUUGAAUGCCUAAAAAGUAUGAUUUCUGUGCUAAAUGGUGUGCUUGAGUUAUAAAAAUAACAUUAGUUUUAAUGUUUUUAUUGCUUAAAUGCAGUAUGCUGUACAAUCCCACUAAACCAGUUUGUCUACAUUGAAAAAAAAUUGGUGUAGAAAUUAUUUUUACUCCGAAAUUGC